AUGGCUUCUCCCCCUCACGGCCUCAACUACGGCUCUGCCAUCUCCCCUCCCUACCCAUCGAAUGCGCAACUCCCUCAACCGCUGAAGCGAAGACAAUCCGAUAUGCCCUCCUCCGCUCCGACCAUCAAACGCCGCAAAGCUUCUAUGCUCUCCACCUCUGCCAGCUCCGCUCAUCCUCUUCGACAAACCUCCUUCCCACCCGAAAACGCCGGCAAUUCAACUGCCUUCUCGCGCUCUCCUAGUAUGGACACAAUGUCUAUGGUUUCAGGCAUGGCUCCCUCCAGCGUCAAGAGGAAGAAGCCUCGCAGGUCAAAGGGAAAGGACAACGACGAAGAAUCCGUUGUAGGUGGACGCGGGCCCAGUGCAUCAGUAGCUCCCAAGAGAAGGGGAAGCAGAGAUCAUACAGCAGAUGUAUCUGAAGAUGGCGGAGAUGAACCGACUGUUGAAGCAAGUGCAGAACGAAAAGCGGAGAGAGAACGCCAAAAGAAACGCCAGAGGGUGAUCGCCAACUUCUUUGACGAGGAUCAAUUUCGGAGAUAUGAGGCCUGGAGAGCAACCAAGCUUCCCCCUGCUACUGUAAGGAGAAUUGUCAAUCAGACCCUUUCACAAUCAGUACCCCAGCCAGUCAUUGUAGCAGUUUCAGCCGUGGCCAAGUUAUUUGCUGGGGAUAUGAUUGAGGGUGCGAGAAGGGUUCAAUCACAAUGGUUGGAGGCAACCGGAGAGUCGCAGACGGGUCUGCCGAGUCCUCCUGCUGAAGGUGGUGGACCGAGUCCGAGGGAGACGAGACGGGGACCUCUGCACCCGGAUCACUUGCGAGAGGCGCUCAGAAGACAUAUGUUGGAGGGUAAUGGUGGUUUGGUAGGGGAACUGGGCCUCUGGCAAGCACAGACUCAUAGCGGAGUAGAGCGAUUUGCGACAAAGACCGGCGGCAAGAGGCUUCUUAAGUGAGCACAGGGUUGGUAUCAUAUAGAAGUGUAAGAAAAGAGCUACUGUAAGGCGUUCGAAGCUUAACACGCAGCUUUGACACUAAAUGCGCGAAGACCCAUUUCCC